GCGGGUCGCGUGUGUGAGAGACAGACAGACAGUUUGACAUACAUACAGACAGACAGACAGACAGACAUGCUGAGUGAGGGCGUCGUGAGCUUCCUGAAGGAUUUCCUGGCGGGUGGAAUCGCUGCAGCCAUCUCCAAAACUGCAGUGGCCCCCAUCGAGAGGGUCAAACUGCUGCUACAGGUCCAGCAUGCCAGCAAACAGAUCACAGUUGAGACACAGUACAAAGGCAUCAUGGACUGUGUAGUGAGGAUCCCCAAAGAGCAAGGCUUUCUGAGCUUCUGGCGUGGAAACCUGGCCAAUGUGAUCAGGUACUUCCCUACUCAGGCUCUCAACUUCGCCUUCAAGGACAAGUACAAGAAGGUCUUCCUUGGUGGCGUUGACAAAAACACCCAGUUCUGGCGCUACUUUGCUGGUAACCUGGCGUCUGGUGGUGCCGCCGGUGCCACAUCUCUCUGCUUCGUGUACCCACUGGACUUUGCUAGGACCCGCUUGGCUGCUGACAUUGGCAAAGGCGCAGCUGAGAGGGAGUUCACCGGCCUGGGUAACUGCCUUGCUAAGAUCUUCAAGUUAGAUGGUAUCAAAGGACUCUACCUUGGCUUUAAUGUGUCUGUCCAGGGUAUCAUUAUCUACAGGGCUGCCUACUUCGGAGUCUACGACACCGCUAAAGGCAUGCUGCCAGACCCCAAGAACACACACAUCGUCAUCAGCUGGAUGAUUGCUCAGACGGUCACGGCAGUGGCUGGUAUUAUCUCCUAUCCUUUUGACACCGUCAGACGUCGUAUGAUGAUGCAGUCUGGACGCAAAGGAGCCGACAUCAUGUACAAGGGUACAAUCGACUGCUGGAAGAAGAUCGUCAAGGACGAGGGGCCAAAGGCCUUCUUCAAGGGCGCCUGGUCAAACGUGCUGCGAGGAAUGGGUGGCGCUUUCGUACUUGUCCUUUACGAUGAGAUCAAGAAGUACACAUAAAGUUCAACACCCCCAUCCCAGAUCCAGCUUACCAAGCGGAGACCCUCAACACUGUGAAUGUCUUAAUCUGGCUAGAAGUAUUCCAAGUGUGUAAGAGCGAGAGGAAGCAGCCACUUCAUCGUCCGCUCCUAAACCUGUGUAAAUAUAUUGACCCUAACCCUGACGCACCUUAGAUCACGACUGCCCCGUCUGGUUUACUCUCAAUACGCAAAGAUUAUAUGGUUUGUUUUCUUACUUUGGGAGCAGAAGUGCUCUGCAAACGGAAGAAGCAAGUGCCCGUCCACUGUAAGGUCAUAUGUCUUGUGUUCUUUUAAUAAAAAUAAACUGGAAAA